AUGGAGGGUCGAACCUCAGACCGUGUGGCUUCUCCUACUCACUUUCGGCCGAGUUGCGUGGGGUUUAGCACCAGUCGUCCCGGCGCGGUUUGGCCCAGCGAUUAUAGCAUGCAUAGCGUCGCACUUGUGGUUCGUGGAAAACAGCCAUCUUUGUGCAAAAUUCGCACUGUGUGCCAGUGUUUGCUAGAUUGCCCCGGAACGCGUAAAUUACAAUAUUUUUUUGAGUAACAAAAGCACUUGCCGGG